AUGAUACCUAGAGGCCAGAUGCUUGAGGCCAAAGAUACAGAGCACCCUUCCAUUUGCAAAGUUGAAAUCAAAUCGGCAACAGGACAUUUCACUGAAAGCUACUCUGCUGUCCCUGAAAAAAUAAAGAUAGCUUUUAAACAAUGUCAUAUUCAAUUGUCUGAGUAUGGAAAAGAGGCACGAGCAUCUCUGAGUCAAUUGCACACUAAUGGUGGUACAAGCUUUGCGAAUACACGUGCUGAUUAUGAAGAUGAACAUGGAGAAGAUAUGAGCCUAAUAGAACUUUGGCUAGCUUGUUAUAAGAAGAAGGAUGGAACCUUUGUCGAUGGCACAUUCACCGAAGACUUUUUGGAUGAUGUUAAGGCAAAGGCUGAAACUUUAAAGCUUCUUUAUCCUCCUGGCUCCAAGUCAAUUAAGGAGAUCGAGAAUGAGGCUUUCGAGGCUACGCUAUAUAAUGGAGAAAUUCCUGAAAAACCACAAGGUUAUGGAUUUGGUGUUCGUAAAGGUGACAUUUAUGGGGUGCGUGGUGCACUCAGAAAAGCAGGGUUUGGUAAAGGAAAAAGGAAGGUAAUAGAAGUGGAUAGCAUCAAUGUCGAGGUAUCAAGCUUGAAGCAAGAGAAUAAGGAACUUCAUAAGAAAAAUGAAGAGAUAAAAGACAAGUGCGAUGAGAAUGCAAAGCUGAUUAGGACAAUGACAUCGUUGUUUUCUCAAGUUUUAGAAUCCAUUCGCAUUGGAGACGCUUCAACACAACUUAUAGACGCUGCACAAACCGCCUUGCGUAUGGCUAACCCUCCGGUCAAGGAUGCAUUUCAAGAUGAUGAUGGUGGAAGAAAAGAAUCUAAGGGAUGA